AUGGUUGAGCAAGAACAGCUGCUGACGGCCAUGAAUGCUUCUUGUCUCCCCGAUCGCCCUGCAGAGACUCCUCAACAGGUUGUCCUGGUACAGCCAGAGAGCCUUGUCAUCUCUGAAGGGGGAACCACUGUACUCAAGUGCGAGGUGGAGAACGCAUCCGGCAUUGUGCAGUGGGCUAAGGACGGGCUCCUGCUAGGUCCCCACCGGGACAUCCGUGGGUUCCCCCGCUACAGCAUGGUGGGAGAACCGAGCAAAGGCGAGUAUAAUCUGCAAAUAACAAGGAGCCAGCUGGAAGACGAUGCCUUGUAUGAAUGUCAGGUGGGACCCUCUGAGAGAAGCAGCGCCAUCGUCUCGCACAGCGUGUUGCUCAACGUGCUCGUGCCCCCUAAGAUGCCGCUCCUUACAGACUAUGAGGCCAACAGCACAGUGACUUGGGUGGCUGGUGUGGAGUACACAGUGAAGUGCCAGGUGAAGGAUGCUCGGCCUGCUGCAGAGAUUGCCUUCAGCAAGGGUGAUGACAAUGUACCAGAUGCUGAAUCUAACACCCUGCCGGGAUCUGAAGACAAACUCUUCAGCACGGAGGCUGUGCUGAGGAUCACCCCCCAGAGCUCAGACAAUAGGAAAUGGCUGAUGUGCCGAGCUUCUAAUGCAGCCUCUUUAAUCCCAGCGGUUGCCGGUUUCACCAUGAACGUCCUGUUCCCACCCGACCCACCUGUCAUUUCGGGCUAUGAGGGCCCUGUUGUCAAAGCUAAGGACAAGUUAAAGUUGACCUGCAUUUCUCCGAGUGGAAAUCCUCUGGCUACCCUGCAGUGGCUGAAGAAUGGGGAAGUAAUUUCCACCAGCUGGGAGACGGAUGAUACUAACCAAUUGUCCCGGAGUUUCCUGACUCUCAGCUUAACAGCAGAAGACAACAAUGCUACAGUGACCUGCCGGGCAUUGAACCAAGUGUUAUCCCUCCCCCUGCAGGCCAGCUUAACUCUGCAUGUGGUCUUUUUCCCUGAAGAGGUGAAAAUCAUUGGCUCAAGCAGUACUCCGGAAAACAAGGAGAUCUCUCUGAGCUGCUCUACCUCCUCCAGCAACCCCCCUGUGCAGUUGCGCUGGUGGCUGGGCUGGAGGGAGCUCAACGCCACUGAAGUCAGCAUCUCAGAGGGAACUCAUGGUGGAAAAAUCGCCGUGUCGAACCUGACGCACAGGGCACUCCGAGAAGACAAUGACCUGCCGCUGACCUGUGAAGCCUUCAAUGAAGCCAUCCUGUAUGCAAAGAAGGCCAGUGUGACCCUCAAAGUACUGUAUCCUCCUCAAAAGAUCUGGAUUGACGUGCCUCCCCCGGAAACAGUCUAUCGAGCUGGCACCCAAGUCAAGCUAACCUGUUUUGCCAGUGGUGGGAAUCCUUUGCCUCGCCUUGAUUGGUUCAAGGAUACCAAGAUAGUGAGGGAUGGGAUAUUGCCGUCCACAGGGCCGUCAGGAAAUAUCGUUUCCAAGGAGUUGCUCCUGACCACUUCCCCCAGUGAUAAUACGGCCAUCUACCGUUGCAAUGCCUCCAGUCCCUCGAGAACCCAGCCUCCACUCACAGCCUUCACUCGUCUGCAUGUCCAAUUCCCACCCCUGCAGGUAACAAUUACUACGACAACCAAAGAAGUCAGACGUAACCAAACGCUGAAGCUUACCUGUCGGUCGGGCAGCAGCAAUCCUCCUUCCAAACUCACUUGGCUCAAAGAUGGAAAGAAGUUGAAUGCAAUCGACUUUGGGCAGAAGAAGGCGGAGUAUGGUGGUUUCUCCACUUCAGGCCAGCUGACAUUGGUGGCUCUCUCUGCAGAUCAUGGGAAGAGGGUGGAAUGCCAUGCAUACAGCUCAGUCCUCUCCGAAGGCUUGAAUGCCUUUUACCAGCUCAAUAUCCUAUUUCCUCCAGAGUUCUCCAUCGAGCAGCCCCAUGUGGUGCGAGCUGCAGAGCAUGAAGUUAUCCGGCUGCCUCUGCUAGUCUCUGCCAGCCCUCCUGAGAUCACUUACCGCUGGAGCUUCCUCGGAGAGGUUCUUCUUACAGAGGGCUCCCCACGGUACCACUUGCGAGACGGCGGAUCUCUGGAGAUCUCGAAGGUGAUACGUGCAGAGGCCGGCCAGUACUCAGUGCGUUGUGAGAACUCUGAAGGGUUCAACGAGAUCACCAUCUUGUUGGAUGUCCAGUAUGCUCCAUCCAUACGUAGCAUUGGAGACCCAACCACCGUGGACUUGGGGGGCACAGCUGAGAUUGUGUGUCAAGCUGAUGCCAACCCUGCACCUGCGGGCAUGUUCACUUGGAGAUGGCUCGGUGAGUUGGAGCGUAACCUGGAAGAGCUGGGCAUUGAAGUGCUGUCAGAAGGGCUGGUGGGGCGACUGCGUGUCCAGGAGGCAAAGCGAGCCCAUGCUGGACUCUAUGAAUGCCAGGUAGACAAUGGCAUUUCCCCAGCAGCAAGGAGCAGCGCCCGCUUGGUUGUACAAUUUCCACCAGAGAUCAUGAAGAGCCCUGGACAGAGAAAAGUGGGGGCUCCGGGGGAUGGGAUAAGCACAGCCGCUCUCCCGUGUCAUGCCCAAGGCGUUCCCCUGGUGGAAUUCAGCUGGUCCAAGAAAGGGGUUGCACUUGAUCUUCAGAAUCCAAGGUACACCAUUCUCACAGAACAUAAAGCAUCUUUGCACACCAGCAUUUUAACCAUUGCUAACGUGAGCUCAGUUCAUGAUUAUGGCCUCUUCACCUGUACAGCCAGCAAUGCGAUGGGCACUGAUAGACUUGACAUCCAGCUACUUAGCAUCAGCCGCCCUGAUCCCCCAACAGGGUUAAAGGUUGUCGCUGUUGCCCACAACUGGCUGGCUUUGGAGUGGACCCCCGGCUUUGAUGGAGGGCUUGAGCAAAGCUUUCGUGUGAGGUAUCACAGGCCAGGGACGCCCAGCUUUCUGGACGUGGAUGUCUUCCCACCACAGUCCCCCAUGUUCACCUUGACGGGACUGCACCCAAACACUCCCUACAAUGUCUCUGUCAAUGCCUGCAAUGCUCUUGGCAAAAGCGACUUCGCUGAUGGUGGAGCGGGGCUAAUGGUCACCACCACAGGAAUAAAGGAGGAGCCGAUUGAGAGAGAGCCCCAAACUCCACCCGUACCUGAAUCAGAGAGCUUUGUUUUACCUCUUUUCCUUAUUGAGCUCCUUGGUGCUCUGGGAGGGUUCCUGAUCAUUUCCAGCCUCUCCUUCCUGGGCUACCUACUCUAUAAGCGGCAGGCCCAAACCCUGCAAGGAGAUGGGACCAAAGAUGCAGCUGGGUCGAAGGUGCGAAGUGAGAACAAGUACUCCGAAAACAAGUGGCUGAAAUUUGGUGCAAGUUCGGAGGCCAGCACAUCUCCCAGGGGUAGCUCUGUUGGAACCACCACCAGCUCUGUGGCCACUGCACGGCCCUGGACCCGGAUGGGCCGCCAUGUUGACAGCGAGACCGAUGGCAGCAUAAUGGAGCCCACCAUGUCACCCCCAUGGCUUGGCUCCCCAGAACUCCAUGAGUAUGAAGAAGUGAUGGUGCCACAAAAAUAUACGGGAAUGGGACCUCUUUACACUCCCAGGUACCCCACGGAAGUACCUUGGAUUCCUGAGUACGAGGGACCCUAUCAGCAGAGCAGAAGAUCACUGGGUGGCUAUGAGGAAAUAAUGCCGAUUUACGACCUUGUGGCUGAUUCUCCGCCAGUGGGCAGGGACAGGGCAUUGCCAUUGGAAUAUCUUGGGGAAUUGGUCUAA